GCUUGGCGGGCUCAGAGCCACUCACUGUGCAGCCGCGCUCGUCCCAUGCUGCAGACCAGUCAGAGCACCCUUCCCCAGCAAGGUGCCUCGUCCCUGGUCCCUCCCGGGAAAGCGGGAAGGAGAGCGGAGGCCUCUUCCUCUCUGAGUGAGGCUGCUGGGGCAGGAAGUGGCCCAGGCCAGCCAGCACCGCCCCCCCUGCCCUGUCUGUAAAUCGUCUCAGCUCCAGGCCAUGGCCCCGUGGCCCACCGCCCUUCUGGCCCUUGUGCUCUGCUUGGGCCCCGUGAUGCAGGCGCAGGAGGGUGAGUCAGGGCUGCUGCCCAGACCCUCCAUCUCUGCUGAGCCAGGCCCUGUGAUCACCCGGGGGAGCAAAGUGACCAUCCUGUGCCAGGCCGAGACUGGGUUUGAGACAUUUAUCCUGGAGACUUGUCUUGCUGGGAACUGUUCCAAAGUUAGGGAAAAGAAGACCAAUUUGUCUUCAGAGACGGAAGCCAGAUUCAUCUUCACCUCGGAAAAUGCAGACAUCGCUGGGCCUUACAACUGCAUCUACUGGAAGCUGGGCACCUGGUCUCUACGUAGUGAGACCUUGCAGCUGCUGGUGACCGCCACGCCCGGCCUGAAGGCAACACAUUUACACCCUGGCUGGGUCUCCUUGGGCUGCGUCCUCCUGCUGCUCCUGCUUCUUCUCUUCUGCCUCCAUCGCCAGUGGCAGAAUAAACACAGGCCCCACAGCAUCAUGGACCAGGAGCGGAAGCCACAGGGGAGGGUCAGCCUGGCUGUGGAUGGCCCAGGGAGGGCAGCAGACCAGGCCACUACUGACCAAGCUCUGCAGCAGGGAGGAGGCCAGGGCAGCUCCACCCCGCUGCAGUGCCCCCAGGAAGUGACGUAUGCUCAGCUGGACCACUGCGCCCUCACCCAGAGGGGUUUCCAAGGGGUGUCCCCACAGUCCACGGCAUGCCUAGCAGAGUCCAGCACAUAUGCCGUUGUCGCCAGACACUGACCCAUCCCGCCUGGCUCCUGCUCCCGAGGACUCAGGAAGUCACUCUGGAAAGGCUGCAGCCCCACGGAGGGCUUCCCCUCGGGAGCACCUGAGUCUUGAAAGCCAGGCAGUCAGCUCUCCGGGAACCAGAUUCUCAGCCAGGGUACCCGCCACAGUGACAGUCCUGGGAGACCGUGCUGCAGCUGAUUCCACAGGCUGUUUCUAGGGACCCAGCAACAGACCCUGGCUGUGUCCAGAGGCCUGGAUGGCCCACUCAGCUAAUUCCGUGACCCGUGCUGCAGUCCCAGCUCCGGGCCUCUCCCCAAAGCCUCUCCCCACAGAUGCCCUUCUGCAGACCUGCCCCGCAGACCCUAAAUGUCCCUAGGCCCACGCUGGCCUGGCAUGGGGCUGACACCCACAGCUGAGAAGGAGCCGCUCCCCAGCUUGGGCCUCACUCCGAGGCCUCACCCAACUCCUCGGUGUGCACACGCGGUGUGGCCAAUCCACAACCACUGUCUCCGCGCCCCUGAACUCCCCGUCUGCGAGGUUGGGGUCAGUGCCACUGUGGCAGGGCGUCGGGGUGGAGGCGGCGGUGUCUGCGGGACAGGGGCUGGGGUAAGGCAGAGCUGCCCCUUCUCACACCUGCUCACACCCGCACACUCACACACGGGCACACACACACACACACACACACACACACACACACACACACACGCAGUCCCCGCGCAAGUCCGUGCGGAGACGCCAGCAACUCCUCUCUCUCGGGCGAUUGCCCUGCGGGCCACUAGGGGGCGCGUGUGCCGUCUUCACUGCGCGCUUCAUCAAAAAAAAAAUGUGAGAGAAUGAAAAGAUGA